UAAAUUGACAGCUUUAAAUGCGAAUUUAAACCCUAUUUAUCUCCCUUUCUGACUGUCACAUCCGCCAUUAAACAUGGCCACAACUAAAGUAAAGGCGAAGGAACUUCGAGGCAAGAAAAAGGAAGACUUGCAGAAGCAGCUCUUCGAUCUGAAGACUGAAUUGGGUACUGCCCGAGUUGCCAAGGUCACUGGUGGAGCUGCUUCCAAGCUAUCAAAAAUCCGAGUGCUGCGCAAGUCUAUCGCCCGAGUCCUGACAGUGAUCCACCAGACCCAGAAGGAGAACCUCCGUAAAUACUACAGGGACAAGCGCCACAAGCCCAAGGACCUCCGCCCCAAGAAGACGCGCGCUUUGAGGCGUGCCCUCAACCCGUUCCAGUUGUCACUUAAGACUGCUAAACAGCAGAGAAAAGAACGUCUGUACCCUAUGAGGAAGUUUGCUGUCAAAGCGUAAUUGUGUCUUGCAUUAAAGAGAAAAAAAUACAA